AUGCCAAUGCUGGCUAACGUGACGGUGACGAUGGUAGUUUACAGCCAAAUUGCCGAACAUUGUCGAACCAAUUGUUGUUACUACUACUACAUCGUUUGCGGUGUUGGUGGACGCACUAAUCGCAUCGUUGGAGGCGCCGAAACCACUGCGCACCAGUUCCCAUGGUUGGCUGGUCUCUUCCGGCAAGGCAAGCUGUACUGCGGAGCGUCUGUCGUUUCCCGCAAUUUUCUAGUCACGGCCGCACACUGCGUGAACUCGUUCGAACCAAGCGAGAUCAGGGUUUACCUGGGAGGUCACAACAUUGCCAAGGAUUAUACCGAGCUUCGUCGGGUGAAGCAGAUCAUUGACCACGAGGACUUUGAUAUCUUCACGUUCAACAACGACAUUGCGCUGCUCGAACUCGAUAAACCAUUACGCUAUGGGCCCACCAUACAGCCAGCUUGCCUGCCGGACGGAAGUAUAAUGGAUUUCACCGGAUCUAUCGGGGUGGUCGCCGGAUGGGGACGAAUCGAAGAGAAGCGUGCACCCUCCAAGACGUUACGUUCGGUGGAGGUUCCAAUCUGGUCGCAGGAGCAGUGUUUGGACGCCGGUUACGGAAGUAAGAAGAUCUCAGCCAACAUGAUGUGCGCCGGUUACCACGAUGGCCAAAAGGAUGCCUGCCAGGGUGAUAGCGGUGGUCCGAUGCAUAAGAUGGGUCUGUUUGGCAGCAUGGAAGUCAUUGGUGUUGUUUCGUGGGGACGGGGAUGCGCUCGUCCGAAUCUGCCCGGUAUCUACACGCGUAUUGUCAACUACUUGCCGUGGAUUCAUGAGAAGCUUGCCGACGAAUGUAUCUGCCCACCGAAGGAUAUUGCACGAAGACUGAAGCGCAACAAGAUCCGUGUAAUUCUCGGUGACUAUGACCAGUUUGUAGCAUCUGAGACGCCGGCGAUAAUGCGCGCGGUGACCGCAAUCAUACGUCACCGUAGUUUCGAUCAAAACUCGUACAACCACGAUAUUGCCUUGCUGAAGUUGCGCAAACCCGUCGAGUUCACCAAAACCAUCCGGCCGGUAUGUUUACCCAAGGAACGCAGCGAACCAGCCGGUCAGCUGGGAACGGUUGUCGGUUGGGGAAGGACCGCGGAAGGCGGGACACUUCCAGCGUUAGUGCAGCACGUGGAUGUUCCGAUCUUGACUCUCGAUCAGUGUCGCAGCAUGAAGUAUCGUGCGUCUCGUAUAACUUCAAACAUGCUGUGCGCUGGUAAAGGCAAACAGGACUCUUGCCAGGGUGACUCCGGUGGCCCACUGCUGGUGCGAAACGGUGAUAAGCACGAGAUUGUAGGGAUCGUAUCGUGGGGCGUCGGAUGUGGCCGGGCGGGCUAUCCUGGAGUAUAUACGCGAGUUGCGCGGUAUCUUCCCUGGCUGCGUGCUAACCUGGACGACACCUGCCUCUGCUCGAAAACAAACUGCGAGCUGUGCGUUGCAGAUAGAGCUAGCGGCCAGUACAGCAUGGAAGUAAGCAAUUUGGCACGGAACGUAUUCAAUUUGCGCAUCAGCCUGAUGCUGGGAGUGAUGCUGCCGAUGUUGUUGGUGGUAUUUGGCCUGAUGGUCGGUGAAGCAUCCGGAAAGCUGCAGGCUCAAGGCAAAUAUGAAAUGCUAGCGACACCCAACAAGAACACCGACGAACGAAGCAUAGUCGAUAACAUGAAGAUGUUGUUCGGAGCGGGCAGUAAUCGGGCCCCUGCUCAUGAUACACCUGCCAGUGCCUGUAGCUGUCGAUGUGGCGAGCGGAACGACGCGUCGAGGAUCGUUGGCGGCCAGGCGACGGGUGUGAACGAGUUUCCCUGGAUGGCGCGAUUAAGUUACUUCAAUCGGUUCUACUGCGGUGGCAUGCUCAUCAACGACCGAUACGUUCUAACGGCUGCUCACUGCGUUAAAGGCUUCAUGUGGUUCAUGAUCAAGGUGACGUUCGGUGAGCAUAACCGGUGCGACGACUCCGUUCGACCGGAAACGCGCUUCGUGUUACGGGCGAUCGCACAGAAGUUCAGCUUCUUAAACUUCGACAACGACAUCGCACUGCUGCGACUGAACGAUCGUGUGCCGAUAACGGACUUCAUUCGCCCGAUCUGCCUGCCGUCCGAUCCAAGCAAUGCGUACGUCGGCACCAACGGAACGGCCACGGGCUGGGGGACGCUGAAGGAGGACGGCAAGCCGUCUUGCAUCCUGCAGGAAGUGGAGGUACCGGUCCUAUCGAACGAAGUCUGCAGUACGCAAACGAACUACACAGCGUCCAUGAUCACGGACAACAUGAUGUGCGCCGGCUAUCUGGGUGUGGGCGAAAAAGACUCCUGUCAGGGUGAUUCCGGUGGUCCGCUGAUCGCCGAGCGAGAGGACAAGCGGUACGAGCUGAUCGGAGUCGUGUCGUGGGGUAAUGGUUGCGCCCGGCCCUACUAUCCCGGCGUGUACACACGCGUGACACGGUACCUGGACUGGAUCCGCGAAAACUCCAAGGACGGUUGCUUCUGCAGCGAGUAA